AUCUGCACUGCCAUUCGCGGCCUCGGCUGUCAAUCAAGGGUCCUGGCCGGUUAUUCCCCGCUGGCACCCAGCGUUUGCCAAGUAUUACCGACGGGGGAGAGACCUGACCUCUCCCCUGUCAGCUCCUGCACACUGCUUUGUAUGGCUCUGCAUAGGAGAGCCAGUGUAAAGGACACACACAGCACACUGUAAAACAGCGCACAGUUAACCCUUAGAUCGCCCCACAAGUUAACCCCUUCCUGCCCAGUGCCAUUAGUACAGUGUCAGUGCUUGUUUAUUUGAAACUGAUCACUGUAUUGCUGUCACUGGGGAUGUCAGUGACACCAACUCAGUUCCCCCCCAGUGUCCGAAUGCCUGCUGCAGGCCCGGUAUAAGUCACUGA